AUGCAUUUGUUGCUAAUAGCUGGUAAUUUAUCACUUGUUCUGGGAACAAUAUAUUUUAUAUUAAGUAUAUUCGUUGAAAAAUCAUAUAAUGGUAUCUCUGCCAAAACCCAGUUGCUCUACAUGAUAGUCUAUACUACAAAAUAUUUUGAUGAUUCCAUUAUGUUUGUAUGGGUUAUGAAUUUUUUCUCAAGUACGGCUUUCUUCUUAUCAUUUAGAAUGAAAGAGACAUACGAAAAGAAAUAUGACAGUUUCUGGACAGAAAUUCUUCUUAUUCCGCUUUUCAUUUUAGCGGUUUUCGUCAAUCAUGAUCACUCUCCUUUCAGUAUACUAAAUGCUUUCAGCGAGUAUCUGGAAUCACUGGCACUGCUUCCCCAGCUAUACUUGAUCUGUAAUAGAAAAAAAAUUACUAAACACAUGAAAGUGUAUCUCUACUAUAUUUAUGCGUAUAAAUGUCUGAAGAUGUUAUAUUGGUUGCACGUCUAUUACAUAUUAGACGACCUCAACAUUAGAUCUCUAACAGCUUUGGCUGUAGAAUUCAUAAUUUUAUCUGUUUUCAUAGUAAUUUUACACUGUAAGAAAAUGAUCAGGUCCAGUUACGAAGCAAAGGCUACAAAGUCUCAAAACGUUUUUAUUGUCAAUUCUGGAUUACUAUCAGUUACGUCUGCCAAACCUGACGAGGUUCCAUUAAUUACUGAAGAAGCUGAAAAGCCCACGACAAUUUGA